GAUAAAGCGCAAAAAAUGCAACAUUGGCUGCGCUGACAAAAGCGCAAAGAAAAUCGCACCUAUGUGCGCACUUCCUCCUGGUUUCCCCUAUACAGAGUGGAGUGUGGUGAGAGUUUGGGCGAUCUGCCCCUAUGAAGUCAUCGGGCUUUUCCUAUAGUGGGCUCGCAGUCAGCAGAGAGGUGCAUAAAGGAGCUCUGUGAAGUUUGUGGUGGAGCGCUGGGUGUGUUGCGCACACAAAAGACACCGUGUUGCUGUCCUCAGCACCGCGCACUGAGAGCCGGGCAGGCUGAGCGCUGGGCUGUAAUUAGCACAGCUGGGAGGCGUACAUGCUCGUGACGUGUUACUUUCCCUUUCUGCUCGAUGAGAAAGUGGCUUCUGGUGCCCAGGAUCAGGACCUCUGCCAUCCAGAGAGCCACAAAGAAACAGUCUGAACACACAACCAAAGUUUAAAAGUGAGGAAGAUCCAUUUGGUAUCUGAAGAUGAAGAGGAUACUUUUCCUGGUGCUAAUUUCUUUCUGCUGGGCUGAUCACCAUGCUAGUAUCUCCACACUGCACCAUGAUCGAAUCAUUCACGUCCACGAAAAUGGUCCUAGUCUCUUUGUGGAGGUAGAUCAAACAAAGGUAAUCUCCCAUCGGGGGGGCAAUGCUACACUGCCAUGCAAAUUUUUACACGACACAGUGACUGCUGGACCACCCUCUCACAAAAUCCGCAUCAAGUGGACCAAACUGACUACAGAUUACCUCAAAGAGGUGGAUGUCUUCGUUUCAAUGGGACACCACAAGAGGAGUUACGGCCACUAUCAGGGUAGGGUUUACCUACAACAAGCAAGUGAAAAUGACGCUUCGCUGAUAAUCACUGACAUAACACUGGAAGACUAUGGCAGAUACAAAUGUGAAGUAAUUGAAGGACUGGAAGAUGAUACUGCCGUUGUGUCACUGGAUUUACAAGGUGUUGUUUUUCCAUUUUAUCCACGCUUCGGUCGCUACAAUUUUAAUUUUCAUGAGGCCCAACAAGCCUGCCAUGACCAGGAUUCUAUAAUUGCUUCUUUUGACCAGCUCUAUGAUGCGUGGAGGGCAGGAUUUGAUUGGUGCAAUGCAGGAUGGCUAAGUGAUGGAUCUGUACAAUACCCUAUCACAAACCCUAGAGAACCCUGUGGGGGCAAAAACACUGUUCCUGGAGUUCGGAACUACGGCUAUAGAGAUAAAGACAAAAGCCGAUAUGAUGUCUUCUGUUUUACCUCAAACUUCAAAGGUCGUUUCUACUACCUUAUACACCCAACAAAGCUUACUUACGAUGAAGCUGUGCAGGCCUGUAUUAAAGAUGGUGCUCAGAUUGCUAAAGUAGGCCAGAUGUAUGCAGCAUGGAAGUUCCUUGGCUACGACCGAUGUGAUGGAGGAUGGUUGGCUGAUGGCAGUGUCCGUUACCCAAUCUCAAGGCCAAGAAGACGCUGCAGUCCCAAUGAGGCAGCUGUACGUUUUGUAGGUUUCCCAGACAAAAAGCACAAGCUAUAUGGUGUUUACUGUUAUAAAGCAUAGAACUACAAUAUCCUAAGAAUACAAAACAGUAUUAAAGAAAACAUUAAGAACAUGUGAAAGAUUUAUUUUAAAAAUGAACUCAUGCAAGCUAUAAAAACUGUGAUAAACCUUUUUACUUACUGUAAAAAUUAUUGUCAUAAAUCCAUGUCAUUCGCGUAAUUUUUUUGUAUGAAAUUCUUUUUAUAAAUCAUCUGUGCAAAAAAAAAAUAUUUUAAGAAAAAUUCUAAUUAAUUUUGAACUAGAGCAGAAUGAUUAUUAAAUCAUAACAAACUAUACCAAGUAGUAUACAAAGUAGUUUAAUGAAUGGGACAUGCCAUAGCUUGACAGUUGCUAAAAUGUAAAAUGUGGAAUGCAAGAUUAUUCCAAACAAAAGUAUAUAAAGCACAUUUUUAAAUUGUUGCUAUACAGAUAUUUUUAAAUGCACUACCAGGAAAACAAAUGAUCAUCAGGUUUAAAUUAUGUCCUUCCAGUGUCUAAAUGCUUGUUUUGCAAACCUAGAAGGACAGUUUGCAAAAAGCUUAAGUAUUUCAAUUGUAUUCGCUUUGAAACAUGGUUUUAUGAUUAUGAAAAAAACCACAAAAAAUAAUAAUCCAGUGAUGUUGUAUGAAGCACAGCAAAAAAAAAAAAAUAUUGUCAACAUUCAAACUGUAUUUUUAUUGUGUAUGAAAUAUUAAUGAAUGUUUGCAUAAUUAAUGUAUGAACCCUACUUUGUUUUUAAUUGCGCUAAAUGAUGCCUAAGCAGCAUUGAGUUACAGGUACAUUUUACAAGCUUUACUCGGUUAUUUAAGCAGCAAAGGUUGUUUAGUAAGACGCAUUUAGCAUCUUCUCAGGGCAGUUAUUCCAUGUGAACUGCUGGACAGAACAAAACACAAAAAAAUUAUAACAAAUUUAUUAUAUGUAAGUCUUUAAAUAUUAUUGUCUUUAUAAAGAUAUAUUUAAUAUUUUGUUCAUAUUUACAGUGAAAGUAUAAAUGCAAUUGGAUUUAAUUAUUCAUUAACAAUAAUAUAAUACAUGUUCCCUGUUUUUAAAACGUUAAUUUCUUCUCAUACCUAAGAGCACGCGCCUAUUUAAUUAAACAAAUAGUAUGAAAUAAAUAAUUGCGUGUAUUAUAGCUAUGAUAUUAUCCUUCCUCUUAUUAAAUGCCAAUAAUAUGAUGUGUCAGAAUAUUGUCAAAGUAUAUUUAUAUUUCGUUGAGCAUGCAGCGCAGGGACAAAAAGACAACACUAUGUUUUUUUCCAAAUUAUUUUAUGUUUGUUGUAGAGAAUGUUUUCUUAUUUUAAAAAGCACACUUCUUAUUUUAUCAAAUUUUAUUUAUAAAAUUCCCAACUCUUUAUAUUAUUAUGAUAAGAAAAUAUAACUCCUGAAUUAAUGCGUUACAUCCUUACCCUACUGAUGUUAUUGAGUAUUUAGAAUUUUAUAGUGUUGUCCAUGAUUUUAGUUUCCAAACAUAAUGAGUUUUUAUCAGUAAUUUGAGAAAUUCUUUACAUGGAAAGAAACACGCUUAUGAAUUGUAUGCAUACCACAAAUAAAUAUCAGAUAUACUGUAAGCAUGUAGACUAUAACAUUGAUAGCUUAAAAUUAUAUAUUUCCAUAUUUAAAAACUUAGCUUCACAGGAAGUACAAAAAUAUAUUAACAUAUCCAGAGGCAUAUAAUAUGGAUUUGUGCAAUUAAAAUGUUGUUUUGUAUUGAAGGCUUAAAUUAUACAAAUAAUUUAAAUGCAGCUAAAAAAAUGCAUAGCAGAUAUAAUAAGUAAGAAAAAAUAAUAAUUUCUGAAGAAAAAAGGUUCAUAAGUGAUUGUUACACAAAUGGAAGUUUGUCACAAAGCAAAUAUGUUUACAUGGGUUUAACUUUAAAUAAAGGCAAGCUAAAAGUAAUUGAGUUGCAACAACUUUUAAGGUUGUUUUGCUCUUUAUGAAGUAUUCACUUAAUAUAAGAAGUAAAGUUUUUACUAGGCAAACCUAAGCUACAUUGUAUAACAAUUCAGAUCUGUACAGGGGUGCUAAAUAAUUGAAGCUUGUACAUUCAUAUUUGUUAAGCUUCAUUUUAGGGUAAGGAACCCUGAUUUUACUGCCUAUCUGGUCUACAGUAUAGCCUUUUAUGGGCCAUAAGUAAUGGUAAGCUCUGACUGCCUAGAAACGAUAACACAUUUCAGUCGAUUAGACUUCUGAGAAAUGUUUUCAUGAGAUCAUCUAAGGCACAAGAUAAAACACAGGGAGGGGGGAGGGG